GAGUGACAUGUGACAUUAUUAUGACAUAUGGUGACAUAACUCAUUCAAAAUCCAUAAAAAAGUUUCAAAAUGAGUUUAGGAGUUCGUAAAAUAUUUUCAGUAGGCUCAAAAUUAGUAAGACCAAGUGUCCAGAUUGUUGGUCAAAGAUGUUGCUCUAGCGGCUCUAAAGAUGGAUAUUUCUAUGUAAACGACAAAGAACCCAGUAUGGAGUUUGGGGCUAUCACAGAUCGUGCUGCCCAAACAAUGUUCUUUACUGAAUUAUUCAGAGGAUUUGGUGUUACUUUGGCUCACAUUUUCAAAGAACCAGCAACUAUAAACUAUCCCUUUGAAAAGGGACCUCUCAGUCCUAGAUUCAGAGGUGAGCAUGCCUUGAGAAGGUACCCCUCUGGUGAAGAACGUUGCAUCGCCUGCAAGUUGUGUGAGGCCAUCUGUCCUGCCCAGGCAAUCACAAUUGAAGCAGAAGAACGCGCAGAUGGCUCUAGAAGAACCACUAGGUAUGAUAUUGACAUGACAAAAUGUAUUUACUGUGGUUUUUGCCAAGAGGCUUGUCCAGUCGAUGCUAUAGUAGAAGGUCCCAACUUUGAGUUCUCUACUGAGACUCAUGAAGAACUUCUCUAUAAUAAAGAAAAGUUAUUAAACAAUGGCGACAAAUGGGAGUCUGAAAUAGCCAGUAAUAUUCAUGCUGACCAUUUAUAUCGUUGAAAAUAUAUAGAAAAUUGUAAAAAGUUGUAGAAUAUAUCUUAUUAACUAAAA